GCAUCUUCAAACACCACCACAUCCUCCAAAAUGGCACCUGCAGCAACCGGCGGCAAGAAGCAAAAGAAGAAGUGGUCCAAGGGAAAGGUCAAGGAUAAGGCCAACCACGCCGUCGUCCUCGACAAGCAGACCAACGACAAGCUCCAGAAGGAUGUCCAGUCAUACCGCCUGAUUACCGUUGCGACCCUCGUCGACCGCCUCAAGAUUAACGGAUCCCUCGCACGGAAAGCGCUUGCGGAUCUCGAGGAGAGGGGCCAGAUCAAGAAGGUUGUUGGACACUCCAAAUUGAGCGUUUACACUCGUGCUGUCGGUGCUUCGGAAUAAGCGAAUAAACGGAUGGACGGGCGGUAGAUGCGAGACUUGGGGUUCUUCACAGCAUUCGGGUAUUCCAAAACCACAUUCCUCUUUCCCAACUAUCGGCGUAUUCGACAUGAAAGGGUCCUUACUCUAUGGGCAUGGCAGGCAUGAUAUAAGAGGACCGCUUGGGACAGCGCUCCCGGGCGGGGUUAUGUAUUGAAUGAAAAGAAACCAGAAUCUGCAUCACUUCGUCCGAGGGGUCG